AGCUGGGCGAGGGAAGGAAGGCGCCCGGAAGGAAAGCCAGCCCCCCAGACAACUGGGUGGGCUGCGCCGCGCGGCUCGCGGACCUUCCGGGGUUGGAGAGGUGCGCACCCCGUGCACCUCACCCUGAGGCUGACAUCUCCUGCUCAGGAGAUGGGCGCUGUAGCUUGAGUUCCUGAGUCUCUGGAGCCACCACCUGCGAAUGCCCUUCGCUUCUACUGAGCUGUGCCCAGCAGCCCUGUGAGACUAUUCCAGGACUUAGAAGAUCAUCUUCAAAAACCAAAAAUGAAGUUCACACUGACCCGCCGGUGCUUGGUACUCUUCAUCUUCCUAAAUCACCCAACCCCAAUUCUUCCUGCCACUUCAAAUGACACCUAUCCUCCAAAUAUGAAGUCCGAGCCAUUUCUCUACGUCCUAGGACGUAAGAAAAUGACGGAUGCGCAGUACAAAUGCUAUGACCGCAUGCAGCAGUUACCCCCAUACCAAGGAGAAGGUCCGUAUUGCAACCGUACCUGGGAUGGAUGGCUGUGCUGGGAUGAUACACCGGCUGGAGUACUGUCCCAUCAAUACUGCCCAGAUUAUUUUCCAGACUUUGAUCCAUCAGAAAAGGUUACAAAAUACUGUGAUGAGAAAGGGGUUUGGUAUAAACAUCCUGAGAACAAUCGAACCUGGUCCAACUAUACUAUGUGUAAUGCUUUCACUCCUGAGAAACUGAAGAACGCAUAUGUCCUGUACUACUUGGCUAUUGUGGGUCAUUCUUUGUCGAUUUUCACCUUGGUGAUUUCGCUGGGGAUUUUCGUGUUUUUCAAGAACCUUGGCUGCCAAAGGGUAACUCUGCACAAGAACAUGUUUCUGACUUAUAUUCUGAAUUCUAUGAUUAUCAUCAUCCACCUGGUUGAAGUAGUACCCAAUGGAGAGCUUGUGAGAAGGGACCCGCUGAGCUGCAAGAUUUUGCACUUUUUUCACCAGUACAUGAUGGCAUGCAACUACUUCUGGAUGCUCUGUGAGGGAAUCUACCUGCACACACUCAUCGUGGUGGCUGUGUUCACUGAGGAGCAACACCUGCGUUGGUAUUAUCUCUUGGGCUGGGGGUUCCCACUGGUGCCGACCACUAUCCAUGCUAUUACUCGGGCGCUGUACUUCAAUGACAACUGCUGGCUGAGUGUAGAAACCCAUUUGCUUUACAUCAUCCACGGCCCCGUCAUGGCAGCACUGGUGGUCAAUUUCUUCUUCCUGCUCAACAUUGUCCGUGUGCUUGUAAGCAAACUGAGGGAAACCCAAGAGGCGGAAUCGCAUAUGUACCUGAAGGCUGUGAGGGCCACCCUGAUCCUGGUGCCCCUGCUGGGAAUCCAGUUUGUCGUCUUUCCCUGGAGGCCAUCCAACAAGAUGCUUGGGAAGAUCUAUGAUUACCUGAUGCACUCUCUGAUCCAUUUCCAGGGAUUCUUCGUUGCCGUGAUUUACUGCUUCUGCAACAACGAGGUCCAAACCACCGUGAAGCGCCACUGGGCCCAAUUCAAAACCCAGUGGGAUCAGCGCUGGGGGAGCAGGAACCCCCGCCGCUCUGCUGCCAACGCUGCAGCCGCUGCUGCAGCCGCUGCCGCAGCCGCAGCUGAAGCCGGCGACAUCCCGGUUUACAUCUGCCAUCAGGAGCCGAGGAACGAAGCCGCCAACAACCUGGGCGAGGAGGGUGCAGAGGUCAUCGCUUUGGAGAUCAUUGAGCAAGAGUCAUCCGCUUGAAUGUGAAGCUUACAUCGUGAUCACUGAGCCUUCAUUUCCUGGGAGACAGACAGACCAUGUGUUUAAAGUGAUCCCCAUCCUCCCAGGAGCUGAGCAUAUCAUUCGUGAAGAAUUAUUAAGUGAAUUUGUCCAUAGUAAAUCUGGAGAAAGUUAUCCUUGGUACUAUUGCUGUGGGAGACAGUCUAGGAAUGGGGUCUCCCACUGCAUCACUUGUGAUCUCCAUCUUUCAUCUAGGACCGAGAUGCAGAUGUCAUAGUAAUGCAAGCAAAGUAUCCAAGAGAAACACGACUAAAUUGACCUAGUUCAGAAACAGGGUGCUCCUUGUUAAUCUUGAGCCAUUUAUAACUUUGAAAAAUCAAAAUCACGGUCACUAUUUUUCUUUUUAACUCUAGACUUUGAAUUAGAAUAUUUCUGUAUUUGGCUAUGGAUCUGAUUUUUAAUUUUUUUAUUUCAACCAAUUCCAAUAUUACUCAGAUGUUUUACCAUCCACACAAUGUAAACCGCACAAAUUACAUGACCUCUGCAAGACCGAGUGGCUUUCUAAUAUAGAGAUGACUAAGAAUGUCGGGGGACAGACUUGCAUUUGGCAGGAAGGUGUAAUGCUCUGAAUAAAAAAGAAGUUUAGAGUCAAUUUGCUCAAAACAUUAGAUGGGCCACCUUGUUAAUUGGUUUAUUAAUAUCGUACACUCAGUUUGGUUUUGGAUAAUCUUGUCCACCGAACAGGUCUACCUGCUGAAGGAGCUGGCCUUCAUGUUGAAUAUGCUUUGGUCCUUGACAUUUAUACACUGGGAGGUCACAAAGAAUCCAUCACUAAAUUUUUCACAAAACUGCCAAAAAUAUAAUUUCUAGUGGAAGAGAAUAUUCUCUUUAAAGAGUUUUCCACUUUCCUAAGCUCCAGGAUUUAUAAAGCAAAUCACUCUAAGGUUUAUAAAGCAGAUUACCUCUUGCCCUUGGGUGCUAUCUAGCAGUAAAAGAUAAAUUUGUUUAAGACUGGUAAUUAAAAGACUCCAUAUAAAUCCAUUAACUGCCUUCCACCCAGCUUCAAAGCUUAACAAGAUCUCCAACUUUUCCAGGAAGAUUCAGUAGGGCUAAUUAGAAAUCAGUUUGUAGUUGACCUCUUGUUUGCUGCUAUUAGCAAGACAGGAGGAGGAAAAGUAACUGCUACAAGUUUGACCAUCCACCAGUUCAUUUAAAAUGAAAGUAGAGGUUCUUCUGAAAACCCAAUAUUAUAUUCCCAUGUCUCUCUUCACUUCCUCAGUAUAAAAUCCUUAAAAAUCCCUGAAUAAACCAGUUAUCAUUGCUGGCACCUAAAAUUCAUUUGUGAAUUUGCAACAGUAAUCCGAGUCACCAUCAUUUACUUUUGUGCUAAAUGAAGAGAUCCACCAAAACCCUCCAAAUCUCAAGUCUCAUCUAUGUCCUUGAUGCCACUGCCUUUCAGAGGUGAUCUAGUUGUGGGAAAACAAAAAGUUGAUUUGUUCUGGUUACAUAUUUAGUGCACCCGAAGAAAAAUUAUAUUCCUUCAGUGAAAAUGUAUUUUGGAUACUAAAGUGGCUUAAGUCUCCUUUACUGAAUGUAAAGGAGGAACUGAAAAGAAGGUAUUUUUUCAAUCACAGUGUUUAUGUAGUGGUGUUCCUAUUUUCGUUUACAAACAUGGAAAACAGAGUAUUUGAGGCAGCUCUAGUACAAAUGUGAUACUAUAUUGCUAAAUAUUCUAGACAUUAUUGUGCUGUUAUAGUACGGGCUGAAAAACAACACAGCUUUCCGUAGAAUUGUACACAGUGCCAAAAUGAUGUGAAAUG